CGAACGUCAUAACUCUGACGUGUCUGGCGUAGUAGAAUGAGUGAGCCGCUCGAGAGCGUUGGAACCACAGGAGGAGACUUGGCUCACUAACGGUCAGAGCAGUGAGACGAUACAGAGGAAGAGGAGGAGGAGGAUAUAAAAUGCUGUGAAGCUUCUGAUACAUUUAAUUCAAGAAACGGGACGAAUUAAUUAAUAACUCGAGACAUCUUCAGAGCACGAUGGCACGAGGAGAAGGCGCCGAGCAGUACGCGGCGAGUUUACUAACAGUCAAACCUAUAAAUACAGAAAUCAAGACAGUAAAGCCAAAGGACCUGAGAAAUCGACUGUCUGUCUGGAGCAAACUGUGCUAUGCCAUCGGUGGGGCUCCUUAUCAAAUCACAGGCAGUGCUCUGGGCUUCUUCCUUCAGAUCUACCUGCUGGAUGUGGCUCAGCUGGAUCCCUCUCAUGCCUCAAUCAUUCUGUUUGUGGGCCGGGCAUGGGACGCUGUCACAGACCCCACAGUGGGUUUCCUGGUGAGCCGGAGCAGAUGGACCAGCAUCGGCCGCAUGAUGCCCUGGAUCCUUUUGUCGACUCCAUUUGCAGUGCUAACGUACUUCCUGAUCUGGUAUGUGCCUCCCUUUGCGCAAGGAAAGGUGGUCUGGUACCUGAUCUUUUACUGCCUCUUCCAAUCAAUGCAGACAUGCUUCCAUGUGCCAUACUCAGCCCUCACCAUGUUCAUCAGCAGUGAUCAGAAGGAGCGGGACUCCGCCACUGCUUAUCGUAUGAUGGUGGAGGUGCUGGGAACUGUGCUGGGCACUGCGAUCCAGGGGCAGAUAGUCGGUGGGUCCUCCAAUUGUCCCAACGAGUCUACAAACAGCAGUAACUUAACCAAUAUCACCCCAUCUAAUGUAACACUGGAUGAGACAAAACAAGCUUACAUGAUUGCAUCAGGGGUCAUCUGCAUCAUCUACGUCCUCUGCGCUGCAGUAUUGUUCAUGGGUGUAAAGGAGCGAAAAGAAACUAGGAGGAAAAAAACAGAGCCCCUCACCUUCGGUCAGGGCCUGUGGCUGGUGAUGAGUUAUGGACCGUACAUCAAACUGGUCAUUGGAUUCCUGUUUACUUCUCUGGCCUUCAUGUUGCUGGAAGGGAACUUUGCUCUUUUUAUCACCUACGCUCUCGGCCAUCGGAACGACUACCAGAAUAUUCUCCUGGUCAUCAUGUUAUCUGGGACUCUAACCAUCCCGUGGUGGCAGUGGUUUCUGACCCGGUUUGGCAAGAAGACAGCAAGUUACUUCGGCAUCUCAUGGGCUAUACCCUUCAUGAUCCUGAUCGUGUGCAUCAAGAGCAACUUGAUCAUCUCCUACCUGGUCUCAGUGGCGGCAGGUGUGAGCGUCGCCGCAGCUUUCCUGCUGCCAUGGUCAAUGCUUCCAGAUGUAGUCGAUGACUUUAAAGUUAAUAACCCGGGCAUCCACGGUCAUGAAGCCCUCUUCUACUCCUUCUAUGUUUUCUUCAUCAAGUUUGCCUCUGGAGUAUCUCUGGGUGUCUCUACUCUCAGUUUAAAAUUUGCUGGCUACGUGACCGGGGGUUGCAAACAACCUGAUUCGGUCAGUUUAACCCUGAAAGUGCUCGUCUCUCCGGUGCCUGUGGUUCUUAUUUUUGUUGGACUGUUGAUACUUAGAACCUACCCAAUCGACGAGGAGAGGAGGCAGGGCAACCGCAAACUGCUGCAGGAAAUGCUGGACUCUGAGGCUGAUUCGGAGUCUGAAACUUCAGCUCUUGGGAGCAGUGUUUAGCAGCACGCACAAGCCAAUCACCCCGAUUGCUUCGUGUGUUUGCACAGUCUGUUGAGGGACAAACCUCUGAGUAUCUGGAAAAACAGAGGAGGGACCACAGACCAGCAAUGCUGCAUCAACACCAUCAGCAUUAACAGGCUCCCUCUGGUGGAUAACACAGGUUUACAUCACCCCCUAGUGGCCCGUGUCAUAAAGUGGGAUUGAAGUAUUUUCUGUCCUUUACCUCGGGCUGUGUCCCUGUUAAACUGCAUAUACAAAAACUAAAUCAAUUAUAUUAAGCACAAAAUGUUAAGAUCUCUACAAUGUGUCAUUUUGUCGGGUAUUUAUGAGCCAAAAUGAAGAGUUAGCAUCUGCUUCUCUUCCUUUAUGAGGUUUUCUUCCACUGUUUAGUUGAAGCACAGCAUUGGGAUCUGCUCAUAUUUUAAUCCAUAAUGGGUACAAUCACUAAACAUGGCAGUAAAAUCUGGUCCCCUUAUCAUUCAAAGGAAGUUAAGCCAGGGUUCUGUACAACACUUACUGCUCCUCCAAGACUCAUGGGAGCUGUAGUCAUUUUUAUCUUGAAGGAUUUUUUCCAAAGAUGAACUGUUUACAAAAAUGUUCAUGUAGCCGUUUGAUUUGUUAAUUACUUGACUGGUUCUCAGUGCCUCCUCCAUCGCUUUUGUGCAUUGCAAUGUGGGACACUAGUAUUCAUACAUUUGUACAGUACUUCUAGUGUGUACACACUAAACUGAACACUUCUAGAAAUGGGACACAGCUCUUGAUUUGUGGUAUGUUAAAGAAGUAUUUAUUGGCCAGUUAACGAGAUCAGACCUUCACUCGUGCAGACUGGGGUUUGGUGUUACCUCUGAUGUUUACAUUCUGUAAAGUGUCCGCCCUUAUUUAUAAAGGGCAUACCAGCACUAUGAUUGAAGCUGUACAGAGCUGGGCUGCCAUUUCUACUCUGGAUUUGGUGUAGUUGUUUCCUGUGGAUCGUUUUACAGAGGAAAUAACUUUAAGUGUACUUGAAUUUCCUGAAGUUGGUAAGAUGCACUGUAUGUAGGCUGAAUCACGGCCUUACACACAUAUCUUCUGUAAAUAGUUGCAUUGAGAUUUUUUUUCUUUUUGCCACAGAGAAGGGUUUCCCACCACACUUUGAUGUUCUUUAACAUUUCAUCCACUCGCUAUGAUGUUUAAAGGACAUUUCUGAAUGUGCUUUUAUAUCAACUUCAGUAUGUCAUCAAGCACACUCACUUCCUCAGGGGAAGGAAAAUGCUUUAUUUAACUAUUUAUUUAACUAUUGAAGGGAUUCUAUGUUUCUUAUAUGAAGGCCUGUGUGUAUAAUACUGUAUAAAUGGUGGACAGUUGUUGAUUGAACAUUCAAACAUUAAAAUGUUUCUUCUUUUAAGAAAAUAAAUCUGAUAAACUGCUGCAGAGUGACAAACCAGAUGCCUUUACAGUAGUGACUCAAAAACAGCAACCUGAACACAGUUCUAAAAUGAUACAUUUAGUAAACAUUUAUCCUCACUCUUUAUGACUUGAUUUAACCUCAAAUGAACGGUUGUCCUUAUGGUUAAGUUAUUAAGAUAAAAAUGUAAUAUAUUCCUUCCUAGUUGACACUGUUCAGAUUUUGAAGUUGCACUUGAUGGUAUAGAGGAAGCACAUCACUUCUGUUCCUAGUGUUAAUAUGCUGCUGUGUGUAUAAAAUGUGAAUAUCUUUUCUAAGUUGGACCUUGAUCAACAGUGUACUGUAAAAAUCAAUGAAAUAUAAACUGGUGUAUAUUUGUAAUUUAAGGAUGUAAAUAAAGUUUGUCAAAGUAGAA